ACCAAAAGGACACCAUACACCAACACUCAUUAUCGUAUCGAAACUGUCCAAGGCAAGGUCUCCUCCAACCCUUCUCCUUUCGUUCUGCCAGCCGCAUCUCCCUUUUACUGUUUCUCUCUCAAUCUCUCCGUCUCCAAAAACAUGGCAACUCUAACUCAUCCCCCCAGCCAGACUCACCUCUUCACAAAACUCUCCCUUAAACCCAAAAAGUUCACUUCACCUUCAAGAAUCCGCAUGACCAUUCAAGAAAACGCCCCCUCUCUCGCUGUGGUUGGUGUCACUGGUGCUGUCGGCCAAGAAUUUCUCUCUGUCCUCUCUGACCGUGACUUCCCUUACCGCUCCAUUAAAAUGCUGGCCUCCAAGCGCUCUGCUGGCAAGCAGCUCACUUUCCAAGACAGGAAUUACACGAUUGAAGAGCUAACUGAAGAUAGCUUUGAUGGGGUUGAUAUUGCGCUUUUUAGUGCUGGUGGGUCUAUUAGUAAGCAUUUUGGGCCGGUGGCAGUGGAGAAGGGAUCCGUUGUGGUGGAUAAUAGCUCGGCUUUUAGAAUGGAAGAAGGGAUUCCUUUGGUGAUUCCUGAGGUUAAUCCAGAGGCUAUGGAAGGGAUUAAAGUUGGGACGGGAAAGGGUGCUUUGAUUGCCAAUCCAAAUUGUUCAACUAUUAUUUGCUUGAUGGCUGCUACUCCUUUGCAUAAGCAUGCCAAGGUGAUACGAAUGGUUGUUAGUACAUAUCAAGCAGCCAGUGGUGCUGGUGCUGCUGCAAUGGAAGAGCUUGAGUUGCAGACUCGUGAGGUCUUGGAAGGAAAACCACCCACUUGCAACAUCUUUAAGCAACAGUAUGCUUUUAACUUGUUUUCACAUAAUGCUCCUAUUCUAUCAAAUGGGUACAACGAAGAGGAAAUGAAAUUAGUUAAAGAAACCAGAAAGAUAUGGAAUGAUAUGAAUGUUAAAGUCACUGCUACAUGUAUACGUGUUCCUGUCAUGCGUGCACAUGCUGAAAGUGUUAAUCUUCAAUUUGAGAAGCCCAUUGACGAGUAUACAGCAAAAGAUAUUUUGAAAAGUGCUCCUGGGGUGGUGGUUAUUGAUGACCGAGCAUCUAAUCACUUUCCUACACCUUUGGAGGUAUCAAACAAAGAUGAUGUUGCAGUUGGCAGGAUUCGUCGUGAUGUGUCGCAAGAUGGAUAUAAAGGGCUGGAUAUAUUUGUCUGUGGUGAUCAAAUACGCAAAGGAGCUGCACUUAAUGCUAUUCAGAUUGCCGAGAUGCUGCUAUAGUCUGUUGUUUUGCUUUAGUGGUGAGGUUCAUUUGAUGGAUUAUUCAAUUUGGUGAGAUAAGGUGAUUUAAAACAAUCUAUAUUCUAGUCUAUCGAUGAGGAUAUUCAUUCUUGCAUAAUUCUUGAGAAGUUUGAGCAUUUAGGUUUGUUAGCUUGGCAUGUGUGAUGUUUUCAGUUGAUAGGGUGGCUUGCACCAUAAUUGUUGCAUUUGGAGGAGAUUUUGUUCUUUUAUGUAACCUAUGAUAGCCCAUUGAAGUUAGAAAUUUUGUCAAAUAUAGAAA